CAACCACGUCUACAGUUGCCGAACACGUCCGAUGGUAAAGAAAAAAAGAGGAGACCGGUGGGAUUAAAUGUUAUGCGAUUACUCCCCCAACAUUGUUUAACCCAUUAGAUUCAAAUCCUCCGCAAAUGGACUCCCACCUAAACCCCACCACCGCAGCCGCCGCCCGCUCACGCAGCUCUCACUCGCACUCACAAUCCCAAUCUCCGUCUCACUCCUCCGCCUCUGUCUCCGCCGCAACCUCCUCUCACCACCACCACCCUCACCACAACAAGCGCAAACUCCCUCCUCCUCCAACCACCACCACUCCAACUCCCGCCAACGACGCCGCUCACUCCUCCUUCCUCUCCGCCGACACCGCCGACGACCUCGACAGCGUUUCCGCCGCUACUCCCGCCGAUAACUCCUCCGACGACGCCGCCGCCGCUACUCCUGCCGAAAACGACGACGACGAUGAUGAUGACAACGAUAAUUUUCCUCCUAAUGAUUCGUCGUCGAUUCGUACUUUUACUGCUGCGAGACUUGAUAAUGUGCCGCGAAGUUCGAAGCUGAGUAAGGUUGAUGGAGGUUUGGUUAAGGUUGAGGUUCCUGAUUCGGCGAAAGAUGGCGCGAUUUCUGGUGGUUCUGUUGCUGUUGGUGGUUCUGGUGGUGGUGUUAGUGGUGGUGUGACGGUGAAGGAUGAUGCUGUUAAGAGUCUUUUUACGGAGAAUAUUCAGACGAGUGGCGCUUAUAGUGCUCGAGAAGAAGGUUUGAAGCGCGAGGAGGAAACUGGAAAACUGAGAUUCUUAAGUCUUUCAAAUGAUGGAGUUGAUGAGCAUAUGGUUUGGCUGAUAGGUCUGAAAAAUAUAUUCGCCAGGCAACUUCCUAACAUGCCAAAGGAAUACAUUGUCCGUCUUGUUAUGGACAGAAACCAUAAAUCAGUGAUGGUUAUCAGACGUACGACUGUUGUUGGUGGCAUCACUUACCGUCCAUACAAGAGCCAAAAAUUUGGGGAGAUAGCUUUCUGUGCUAUCACUGCUGAUGAACAAGUGAAAGGCUAUGGCACUAGACUGAUGAAUCAACUAAAAGAGCAUGCUCGUGAUGCUGAUGGAUUAACUCAUUUUCUUACAUAUGCAGACAAUAAUGCUGUUGGAUAUUUCAUCAAACAGGGGUUUACUAAAGAGAUCACUUUGGAGAAGGACAUAUGGCAUGGGUACAUUAAAGACUAUGAUGGAGGGAUUCUUAUGGAAUGCAAAAUUGAUCCGAAGCUUCCAUAUACAGAUUUGUCAACCAUGAUCCACCGUCAAAGGAAGGCCAUUGAUGAGAAAAUCAGGGAGCUCUCCAAUUGUCAUACUGUCUACCCUGGAAUUGAUUUUCAGAAGAAGGAGGCUGGCAUUCCCAAGAAGGUCUUCAAAGUUGAGGAUAUUCCAGGAUUGAGAGAGGCUGGGUGGACACCUGAUCAAUAUGGAUAUUCAAGGUUUAAACUUCCCAUUGCACCGGGUGACAGUACCUCGUAUCAAAAAUCUUUGAGUGCGUUCAUGCGCUCACUCUUAAAGUCUAUGCAAGAUCAUCCGGAUGCUUGGCCAUUUAAGGAACCAGUUGAUGCACGUGACGUGCCAGAUUAUUAUGAUAUCAUCAAGAAUCCCAUUGAUCUGAAAACUAUGUCAAAGAGGGUGGAGUCUGAGAUGUAUUAUGUUACAUUUGAGAUGUUUGUUGCUGAUUCCCGAAGAAUGUUUGAAAAUGCACGCACUUAUAAUUCCCCAGAAACAAUCUAUUAUAAGUGUGCAACCAGGCUGGAGGCACAUUUCACGAGUAAGGCAAAUCUGCAGGCUGGAGUCUCCUCCCUGAAGUAAAAGUUCAGGCAAGUGUGCAAUCUUGAUCCAAAGAUACAGCCUAAGGGACCCCGUUUGUAGUGUGUAUAUAUGCGACUUGAACACUAAUUAUAUACUUUGAGGAGAUGCGAUUCAUUAUUCCUGUUGGACUGUCUUGUAGUCAUUGUAGAUAAUAAUGAUACGCAUAUUUAUUUAGCAAAAAGCAAUGGAGCCAGACAACCAGUUAAUUCAUUAAAA